UGUUAUUAAAGUGUACUAGUUAUAAGAUGAAGACAAACUAUGCAUGCUAUGUUACAUUUACUCAUUGAGGCAUAAAUCCAAAUGCAUCUACAUUGAAUGUUUUUGAAUGUGAGGGAAAGAUAAGAUAGAGAGGUUUCAGGUUGCAGCAGAUUCACACCUGGAUGUGAAGGGGACAAACCAGGAGGAGACACGUUUGAAGGAGAAGCCUUCUGAAUAACAUUCAAAUGCACUCAAAAGACACGCUCCAGUUUUCGAAGGACUAAACAUGCAGAAGAACUGUUUGAAUUGUUCUUGAGCCGCUUUGAUAAGUCUCAUCAGACUUGGUCGGAGAAUUCUCUAUUUCGCGAAAUAUUUCACUAUUCGCAUUGUAUUUCACUCUGUAAUUGUAUUCCUUAUCACUUUGUUUAGUUAUUAAAUUUGAGCCAGUUGACACUUUUGAUUCAGAGAACAAAGAAGUGUGAUCUCCCUCGAGGGCCCAUCGAACCCCAAGCGCUGACGAUCCGACCGGCAGACGGUACGACCGGGACCGGACGGUACUUGCACGGUGGCCGACACUGGAGGAGUAGCCCGCAGGAAUUUGCCAAUAGCGACUACGCCUGUAUGAUGGAAAAGGAUAAUAACCUGAUGGAUUCCUUUGUUUGGGGUUUUUGAGCGGAAGCAUAGACAGUAGUGGACUGUAUCACAACUUAUUUUUUAGCAAAAUAACUCAACAAAGCCUGACGUUCUUUGUUCCAGCCUAAAGGUUUUUUGAACAUAACAAUUUCGUCAUUUUAACCCUGACCAUUCGAGGGCCUCCAUUGUACAUCCAAAUACAAGUGAUGUACCACUGAUUUGAGGGUUUCGGGACAGAGGAUGUCACAUCUGUACAGACUGUAAAGCCCUCUGAUGCAAAUUUGUAAUUUGCAAUUUUGGGCUAUACAAAAUAAAAUUAAUUGAAUUGGAUUGAAAGUGUAUAAAUAAAGAACCAUUAAUAAAGACAUGUAAAAACACUUAUUUUACGGUUCGAGAAACUAAAAUGUGAUGGUGGAUUGGAAAAGGAGGAAACGAUAUCUCAGUUGCGACACCAGGAAGUCUCAUGACUCGACUGAAGUAGCAAAAAUUAACUUUUUUCCAAGGAAAUAUGACAGUCAUGCUCAUGCAUUUACUAAUCCCUUGUAUUAUGUCUAUACUGCCUAUUCAAUUUUUUUUAUACUUAUUUUGCUUGAAUACUCAAACUACCAUGGUUUGGCUGUCUAUUAGAUUAUUAGAUACUAUAUCAGUCCUCAGGAAAGAGCUAAUAAUCGCAGGCUUAAUGAUUCAGGCUCCAAUCCAUCUUCCUGCAUUUCCAGUGAUGCACACGAACACAGCGUAGAAAAUCAGGUUCAUUAUCUAUCAUAACUUAGUUAGGUAGAUAACACAGAGAUUGGAGGUUAGGACCUUACAGAGAGGGGUAUGGCAUUAGUCCCUUACAGCAGGGAGGGAUGAUGGACCACAUAAAGACAAUGCCAAGUGGUUGAAUUGUUGAAUUGUUUGAUCGGCUUCAACAGAAAACUUCUGCCCAUAAAAAUGGAACCUCUCCUACAAAAAGAGAUGAGCAGGCAAAGUAGAAGCAGCAAUUGCUUUCAACGUUAUCCAUUUGGCUGGAGGAACGUGGUUUGGGAGGAAGCUUGAAGUUGGCAGACCUUUUAUUUCCAGUUUCCCAUAAGAGAGGGCGUCAGUUUCAGACUGAGGACAGUAAGGGAGACUUGCUGAAGCAGUGUAGCCUGACAUCUGGACUUUUCCCAUCUGGACUUAUUCAGGAAGUAUGGCUCUCCAACCUACAAGCGUCCCAGACCAAAACAACACCAACGGCACGGAUUGUCCUGAUCUUUACGACUGGGACUGGCUCUACACUAGUCAACCAGUAUAUAUUUUGCUCAUAACUGUGCUGGGAAUUCUGUUCAAUGUGUUUAUCCUGAUGGUUUUCUGCUUCCACAAGAAGGCCUGCACCGUGGCUGAGAUCUACUUGAGCAACCUGGCCGCUGCAGACCUCAUCCUGGUGUCCUGUUUGCCUUUCUGGGCUGUCCACAUAUCCAACGGAUUCAAUUGGCCUUUUGGUCUGUUCAUGUGCAAAGCGGUCAACCUGGGCAUUAAGAUAAACGCCAACAGCAGCGUCUACUUCCUCGUUCUGGUUAGCAUGGACCGCUACGUGGCACUGGUGCAUACAAUGUCCCAUGGAAGAAUGCGUAGGCCAAAAUACGCCAAACUGGGCUGUCUGCUGAUGUGGGGUUUCGGCUUGCUCCUGAGUUUCCCCACACUCUUCUUCAGAAAAGUGAAUUAUUUUCCAGAGUAUAAUGUGACUGCCUGCUUUCUGGAGUACCCAAACUUAACCACAGAGCUGUUCUUUGAUGGGAUGCUGAUCGUUUUUGGCUUCAUCGUCCCCAUUUCCAUUUCUUCAUUCUGCACCAUUAAGAUUAUUCAGGCUUUGAAGGUUCAGAUGACGGAGAGGUUCAAUGCUGAGAAAACAGAGCAGAAGGCCACCAAUUUGGUGCUGGCGGUCCUCCUGGCGUUCUUUAUCUGCUGGGUGCCCUUCCACGUGGUCACCACACUGGAUGUACUGGUGCGAGCUGACAUCCUGGGAGGGUGUCAUCUCCAGUCUGUCCUAGAUAUCUGCAAUCAGAUAUUCAGUUACUUGGCCUUCUUCAACAGCGUUCUCAACCCCAUCCUAUACGUCAUUGUUGGAAAGAACUUUCGUAAAAAAGUUAGUGAACUCUUUAAGGAGUGGAAGAUUAAGACAGCAGCCGCGCCUGAGUCCUUGCGUAUAUCACACCUGUCCUCUACUGUGAAGACUGUGGUAUAAAGCACUGCUAGUAUAACUGAUGGGACGAAAUCACCCUUCCUCCAAACAAUGUCUUCUCAUACCUGCUCUCACAAAGAUGGACAGGAUUUCAUUAUUUGUAAGGGAUCCGGUUGUUUGUGCAAGGCCGUUUUGUUUUUCUCGCUUUUUAAACAGUUUCACCGUGCGUAAUAAACAGCAGCUGGUCUCGUGUUUCAAAUAUUUGCAUACGCAUUGUAAACACACGGGUGGUGUGAUACAAAUCAGUGGAAAAGGACAUGUAAAUACAGUUGUCAUAUUGACUGCCUAUAACAAAUGUAUUUUUAUACCAACAAAAACUGGUCAAAUAUAACAUAUUGCAUUUAAUGGAUGUCAUGAAUGUUGUUAAUGUAGAAGCCCAACAACUAGUUUGCUAAGAGUUGUCUGGUGUGUUUGACUCAUAAGGUCUGCAGAGUUAAAAACAGAAUUCUGUUCAGAGUUUCCAGUGGUGACACAAAAAACAUGCUCCUUUUGUUGGCUGUA